AGAGAGCUAGGGAUAGCAUUAAGAGAUUAUGUUGGGAGGGGGACACCUCUGUAUCAUGCUGAGCGUUUAUCGGAGUACUACAAGAGCAUGAAUAAUGGGAAAGGACCCGACAUAUACUUAAAGAGAGAGGAUCUGAACCACACUGGGUCUCACAAGAUCAACAACGCUCUUGCGCAAGCCAUGAUUGCUAAGCGCAUGGGUUCGAAAACCAUCGUGACCGCCACUGGUUCUGGACAGCAUGGCCUUGCAACGGCCGCAGCAUGCGCAAAACUUGGUUUGGAGUGCAUGGUGUUGAUGGGCACUAAAGACAUGCAGAGACAAUGUUCGAACGUGAGGUUGAUAAAGUUGUUAGGAGCUGAGGUUGAAGGAGUUGAUGGAGGGUUCAAAGAUGCAGCAUCAGAGGCAUUUCGAUAUUGGGUGGGGGAUUUGGAGAAGAAUUACCACUUGACGGGUUCAGCGGUGGGACCACACCCGUGUCCGACAAUG